AUGUCGCAAACCAAAGAUAUCGCUCCCUCCCCUACCGAGGAUGACUGGGAUAAACAAUCCUCCGAAUCCUCCACUCCCACACCCGCAACCUCCGCCGCUCAACAAAGCGACAAUAUCGCCCAUGCGUUGGCUGGAGCAGGCGGGGGUCUCCUUGCCAUGACCCUCACAUAUCCUCUGAUCACCCUCUCCACACGCGCCCAAGUCGAGUCCAAACGAGCUGACACAUCCACUCUCGCUGCCGUGAGGCACAUCAUCAACCGUGAAGGUUUAGGUGGGCUCUACGCUGGUCUCGACAGCGCGCUCUUCGGCAUCUCCAUUACCAACUUCAUAUAUUACUAUUGGUACGAAUGGACCAGAGCAUUCUUUGAAAAGGCAGCCAUGCAAGCUGGACGUGCCAGCAAAAAGCUCACAACUGUUGAGAGUAUGAUAGCCGGCGCAAUCGCGGGUUCAGCCACAGUUUUGCUCACGAAUCCAAUCUGGGUGGUCAACACAAGAAUGACCGCGCGCAAGAAUGAGGACGGCGAGGGCGAAUUGCCGGGUGGUGAGAAAAAGCGAGUUAAGAAGCCUGGCACCAUUGGAACAUUCUUGAGGCUUCUCAAAGACGAAGGUCCUGCAUCCCUUUUCGCCGGAGUCCUACCGGCUCUGGUGUUGGUUGUCAACCCAAUCUUGCAAUACACCAUCUAUGAACAAUUGAAGAACAUUUUGGAGAAGAGAAGAAAGGUUGGCCCCCGCGAUGCAUUCUAUUUGGGGGCCAUUGGAAAAUUGCUCGCCACAACCAUCACAUACCCAUAUAUCACGGUCAAGUCGCGAGCACAUGUCGCUACCAAAGAUGCUCCAGUGGAAGGAAUGUGGAAGAGCUUGAAUAAGAUUGUGAAGGAAGAGGGUUGGAGUGGACUUUACAAGGGAAUCGGUCCCAAAGUUAGCCAAAGUGUUUUGACCGCUGCUUUCUUGUUCGCUUUCAAAGAUGUCUUGUAUGACAUGACUGUCGCAAUGCGCAGGAGAGCAAGGGUUAUCAAGGCCUAG